AUUAGGAAUAAACACUAUGUAUUUAGCUCGUCAAGGCUCGCUAAAUACAACGUUUAUUCCUAAUGCAGGAUAUUUACCAUCCCCAAACACACUCGCGUGAUAACCUUUAUAUAAGAGUAUUAAUACCGUGCAAGAUUCAAUACAAUGUGACAUUUUCAAUCUCCAUCUUUUUUUUUUGGUACUUUCAACUUCCUGCCACUCCUGAUCCGUGUAACACUUUGUAUUCUUCAUAUAUGUUGCACAUUCAUGUUCUGAGUCGUCUUUGCAUCCAACAAUUGUUGUUUUCUUGUGUAUGGUAUGCUAUUUGUAACUUUCUUAUCAGUUUCAGUAAACGGUAUGGCCACCUCUGUGAUGAUAUGGGUGACAUUCUUGGUAAUUGCUACUGAAGCCAUUCCAUGCAAUGACACCUAUCACUGCUCAGACUGCGACGGAGUGUCUGGGGAUUGCUUCUCUGAGUGUGACACGGGGUAUUACGGACGAAAAUGCAACUCUACCUGCAGCAAGAACUGUAGGAAUAACAAAUGUGUGAUCUCAAGCUAUGGUAGUGAUAACUGCAAUGACGGGUGUGUCCAAGGAUACCAAGGCAUCGGCUGCAACAUACCAUGUGACAGUCCAGGGGGUAACUGUACAGCAUGUCCAGGUGGGUGUGAUGGAGGAUAUUGUCAGCUGGGCUCCUUCUGUGUGUCUGGAUGUGUAGACUCCCACUACGGGACUGGCUGUAAUGAGAAGUCAGGAGAAAUUGUUGGACUGCUUGUGGGACUAGCUGCAGCAACUGUCCUUAUCAUUGUAACGAUCACCCUGGCUGUGUGCUGGUGUUGCCAAGCCUUAAGAAAUGACAGGUUUCAACUGUAUGUCACUCCCACCCAGGACAUGCAUGUGUCACCAGAGGCCAUUGAUGUCCCGCAAUAUGAUGUCGUUGAUGAAGCAAAGAUGUAUGAUGUGCGGACUGGUGGAGAACAACCAGCCUGUGCAAGUCGUUCUGGCUAUGCAGGGAUGAGGUCAGUACAUCAUUCUAUCAUAUCACGUGACCUGGAACACGCAGGCCAAGAUGAACCAGGAACCACCUCAGUGACCAUUGAGCGUGAAAGUGGCACAUCAAGUGUUUAAGUUCAUGACAUAAGUAGAUGCAUCUGUUGCAAUGUAAAUACGUUUCACACGCAAUUGAUGAAAAUACAAGGGGUGCAUUGUUCCUGGAUGAUGGUGAGUUUAUUGAUGAAGCAAGGGAUGUGCGAUGCACUCACGGAUGACGGAUAACCAAACUGUGCUAGUUGGCAAUGAGGUCAGAACAUAAUUAUCUCGUGACCUGGAACAUGCAAAUAAAAAUGACAUAUGUUUGAAGAUUUCACGAUAAAUAUUCUGUUCCAUGUGUGUGGCUCGACUCUAAUAACAUUCAAUCUUGUUUUCACACGUGCUUUUGUCCCCCAUUUACGAGUAAGUGUGUUUGUUUUAGCGCUGCAUUGGACAAUACUUCUUCAGUGACAGAUGUUUAGCACGGGUAUGGUUCUGACAAACCUGAAGACAAAACCUGGACAAAUCAUGGAUUCGGACCCACUGUCGCAGGUUUCUGUUACGUCUGAGGGACAAUGCAAUUCAAAAUGAAAUAUAUAUUCGUUGCCUAGCCUGCAGUAAUGUCUCACGGGAUAAUCACCACAACCAGGUCGUCUUGCCCAAACGCUGUGAAACUUAUUCAUGGUUAUUCAUGAAAUAUGUCCGUAUUAUGUAGCAUGUUUUGCAAAGUGAACAUCAUCCUCGUGACACCUGGAAACCUGACAGGCAAAUGUAAGUCAAGCUGAAGGAACUACUGCCGCUUCCGCUUGUAGCGAUACCCCAGUCACAUGGUGCUGAGACAUUGAACAUCGUAUCCAUUGUGUCCAUGUUACAAAUAAUCCUUAACUAUUUCCGUCAUUUGUGGUGCAAAUGUACUAUCUUGAACGCGAAUGAUUUGAGAAAACAAUCUCAGGCAAUCAGUGUUUGUUCAGUGACAGUGAAGCACACCAUCUCCCUACACAACUCCAUCAAAUUAAACUUGCACGUAUAUACACAUAUCAGUAUGUAUAUCUGCACAGGUUGGGUGUGAGUAACAUGUACUGAUGGGGUAUUGAUCCUAUAUAGGCCGUUUUCAUUGGUGUAUUAUGGGAAGGGAAGACAGGUAGGAACGUCCCAAACGGGUGCAUGGGCAAUUUAGCCUUCGUUCUCUAUCAGAAACAGUGUCAAC